AUGGUGGUGCACGACGGUGACCUCGAGGCGCUGGUGGUGCGCUUGGACAGCGCGGGGUGCGCUGUCGUUCAAGAAGAUUUAUGUGCAACAUUGCUGCGCAGUCUGCCAAGUUCGUACGACGGUCGUGUGCAGGCGUACCGUAUGUCGGCGGAUAAGUUCAUUUUUCCAGACAUCGUUACUCGAGUGUUCGCGGAGGAAGCGCGUCAACACGAUCUGGGUAUCAAGGAGGAGCGCACCGCGAUGCUGGACGGCCUUGCCAAGAAUAAAAACAAAGUAAAGAAAAAGGCGCGUGCUGGAGAUAUGGUAGUGUCGGACACUACCAGCGCGAUUGUCGAAAAGGCUUCGAACAAAAGGACGAGUCUCAUAUUGCGUUCUGUGCGCUGGUUAGUGAAAGUGGCUUUGAUGGGGCUCGAGCCCAAGCAACUUGCGCUUACACGGGAUCCAUAA